GAGGCAGGAGUCAACAGAGCCCACUUCUCAGCACACUCUUCAGCACACACCAAGUAGAGAGAGCAGAAAGGGCAGUUGGAAGCCGGGUGUGCGGGGCCCCCAAAAACGCGGGGCCCGUAGCAAAUGCUACCUUUGCUACUACGUUAAUCCGCCAUAGCCCAGGGGUGGGACAAUGUGAUGGAAGCUGCAGCGUGGAGCUACCCCCCCCCCCCAGCUUCUGCCUGCCUCCUGGUUUGGGACGCCUUCUAAACAAGAGGCCGCCGCCACACCACUAAAACGAAGGUGGAUUGAAAGCCCGUGACUGGCCGACGUUUUAAAAACACGUAAACUUCGAACGGGGGUGCCUCGAAAAUUGACCCGCCCCUGAAAGACGGCGAAAGCCCCUCGCCAGGAGAGCUGCAGCAGACAAAGGGUUAAUGAUGCCAGCCAGGGCGCAUGGGCGUGACGCCUCCGCUACGGGGGGCGGGGCAAAGAGCCGGAAGUGACGGAACUAGGCGGCAGCAGGCCGGGCGGGGCGAGCAAGAUCCCAGGGACUGAGCGGGCGAGCGGUGCUGGCAGGAUGACUCCCGGGGCUGCCCUGCAAGAGGAAUACCGCCGGUGCCUGGAGAGGGAUUUCCGCCGGGGCCACAUUGGGACCUGCACUGACUCCUCCCUGAAGGAGCUGCUCUGGCACCAGCUGCUGGAAGACCCGGAGCUGCUCUGCGCCCUGCAAGAGGACAACACUUUUGCCAUGCUGGCGGUGGCCCUGCGGGAGCAGCUGAGCCUGGGAGUGGCCCUGCGGAACCUCGGCAAGGCCUUCGAGGUGCUGGAGUUGGCGGCGGUCAAUCUGUACUUCUUCCCUUGGCGCAAGGAAUUCAGCACCAUCAAGACCUUUUCCGGGGUCUACGUCCACGUCUUGCAGGGAGUCCUCUCCGAGGCAGACCUUGCCCAGAGCUUCCGCCGGCUGGGCUACGUCCAGAGGGAUGACCUCCGCUUGGUGAUUUCCCAGCUGCCCCCGGGGACCAGUCUCCUCCGCACGGCCUGCGGCUUCUUUGCAGCCCGGGUGGAGUGCGAGAUCCUGGGCAAGAUUGUGGAAGAGCUGGAGCCGUGCGGCGUGUCCUCGGAGGAGCUGCUGCAAGCCCGGAGGGAGAGCAGGGGCAGCCUGGAGGGCUGUGUGGCCCGGCUCCGGCGACAGGUGCAGUGGCCGAGAGGCCGAGAGCUGCGGGCGGAGCCGGCCGACGGGCUCGAUCUCUACCGGGAGAGCCAGGAGGCGCAGAGCCCGUCCCGGGAGCCUUCGGGAGCCAGCCUGCCGCCGCUGACCCACUGCGAGCGCCAGGGCAGCAGCCCCAGGCUGGGCAGCAGGCAGCAGCAUCUGCGAAGCCCCCCGGGGUUUGCUGCCGAGAGCAGGAGCAAACUGUGGGCGCCGCCGCCGGGCCAGGAGCAGCCCUACGGCAACGGGAUGCUGGGCUCAGAGGGGCCUGACCUCGAGACCUCCUUCUCGUUCAUCUCCCUCCGGCGCGAGCUCAGCAGGACGAGCGACACAGACUUGGCCCCGCAGGCAGCAAGCCGGUACUUGUCCCCUGCUGCUGCUGCUGCUCCUGGCUACGACAGCCCCAGCCCUCAGCCCCACGCAGCCAGCAGCCCCGCCUCUCCCAGGCAGCCGAGGAGCCCCCAGCUCAGCCCUGCGGGCGGGCGGCGUGCCCCAGUGGCCGAGCCGCCCCGCUACCACCUGCACUCCUGCCUGCGCCCGGGGGCCCUGCCCACCUCCUGCUGCAGCAGCUGCCGGUUGCUGCACGGCAGCAGCUGCGACGUGGCUCAGCUCUGCUGGAAGAGCCACCACGUGGAGGAGCUGCAGAGCGAGAAGCAGCAGCGCCUCUGGCUGCAGCGGACAGAGGUCGACAAGCUGCUGCACGAUGGCGGCGGCGGCGGGGCAGCCUGGCAGUAGCACGACGGGGGCCCCGCCAAAUGGACUGCGGGGGGCAUGGCAGCUCUCGCACUGCUCCUUCAGGGGUGCCCAGCCUCCCAGAUGGCGUGGGACUACAACUCCUAUCAUCCCCUGCUGCAGUGAUUGGGGUCGGGGCGGUGGGAGUUGUAGUCCCACCGCCGACAGGGACCCAAGCUUGGCAACCGAUCAUUUCAUUCAGAAUUGCGCACACACCACCUGCUUUUCCUUCCCUUUCCCUUGAGUCUCUUCCCCGCCGCCCGUCCUAUUUUGAAAAUUCAUGGAAGGAUAGGAAAUCAGCCCCUGCCACGCGCAGAGCGGUGAGUGGAUUUGCUCCCCCCACCACUCACACACACUUGACUCUUGUGGCUCCUCCUCUCAACAGAGAAUCUAGUGGGUCUUGAAGGGGGGCCCAAUGCCAGGCAGAACCUCCCUCCAACCUUUGAGCAAGCCGUUGCGUUUGUCUCACAGCUUCUCCUCGGAGCAGAGACUGUGCUGGGAUCCUUCAGCUUAAGGGGCUCCCCACCGGAUGAGGUCUGCAUGGCGGGCAUCUCUGAGCGUGCGCCUGCAAACAUUCCAGAACUCGGGACCUCGCCUUACCUGCAUUUCCAAAGCUGUGCAAGGGAAGGGAAUGUCAAAGAGGGGCCUGGAGGCCGCAGCAGGGCCCACGGCUGCCCCUGCUGCUUGUCACCCGCUCUGGAUCCUGGUUGCUCACUUGGAUAUUGCCUGCAGCAGGGCCCCCUUUCUCCCUUGGUUCUAGCUGAGCGUGAACCCCGGUGCGUUGGCAGCAGUGGAAGGUGACCAAAUCUCUCUGCUCACUCGGUCUUUGAUGUCUUACAGAAAGUACAGUGUGAAAUACACAAAGUGAAAAACCA